AUGAUAUCGGUAAGAUUCUAUGGAACUGCAGCAUAUCUCAUCGACAAAAGUCUUAUACCAAUAGUUUUGUUAUGGUUAGACCCAGUUGUUGGAUAUAACUUCAUAACAUAUGGUUCAUUCGAUACGGAACGUUGCAGUGAAGGCUUACUUUACAUCGUUCAGAAACCGAAGGACUUCAAUACAAAGAGAUAUAAGAUAGGAAGAACAUAUAAUAUAACUCAAAGAUAUGACAGUACAGUCAAUAGAGUCAAGGUUGUGUUUGUUAAUGAUAUGAGAGCUGCUGAAACAGAACUACUUGAAAAGUUUGAGAAAAUGUAUGGUGCUCCCAUAAAAGGUAAAGAAACGUUUGAAGUAGAUGAGAUAGAUAGUGCUAUAAAAUUAUUUGACGAAGUUGCUGAAAAAUACAUGUAA